CUACUCCACCAUUAUUCCCGCUCUCCUGUAUCUUCUUCUCCUCCGCCUAAUGGAGCUCGUCCCUUACUCCUCUUCCCCAAACCCUAAGCCAACGUCUAACUCUGUCAGCCCCCCAUGGUCGGAGAUGUUCCAUUCCGCCUCCCUUCGCCGACCGCCAGACUCCAUUCCUUCCUCUCGACAGCCCUCCCCGCCUCCCCGCCAACCCCCCAUCGCGGGAGCAUGCGCCACUGCCUCUGCCCAAUCGUCUGUCAACGAGGUACGCCUCUCCCUCUAUAUCUCGAUGGCCCACGCAGGCCUUGCCUUCUCCCUUCUCCUUCUCUACGGUCUCUACCGUCUCCUCCAUGAUUUUAUCCGGCCGCUCCAAUGGGCUGUUCUCUGCUCUAUCCCCCUUCGCGAGAUCCAGGAAGUACUCUUCUCCUUCUGGUCCGAUCCACUCCGCCAUGGUCUCGUGCCGACCUGCCUCGCUGCCCCAGCCGCCAUAUUCCGCGCCUCCGCCGACACUCUCACUGACGUCCGCUCUCUCCUCUUCCGCCGCACCCUCAACAGCCGAUUUGGUUUCAAUCGGCUCCUCCGUUGGCUCGCCUGUUUCUGGCUCUUCCUCGUGUCCUUCGAACGGCUCGGUCCGGUUUCGCUUGCUCUUCUUACCGCCGGGCUUUUCCUGGCCGGGCCUACGGCCUCCGCCGUUCGAUACGCUAGCUUCAAUGCCGGCCGGCAAUCCAAACACGGCUCCAGCUUUCUCACCGCAGGGAUACUUAGGAAUCUGAAAACCAUCAUCGCGAUUGGGCUGAUCGCUGGAAUGAUCCUAGGGUUCAUCGCUGGGGGUGCUUUCUUUUCCUAUAAGAUUGGUCUUGAGGGUAAGGAUGCUGUCAUGUCCCUUAAAUCCCACAUGGAGACUAGCAACUAUGCAGAAAAGAUCGGAUUCAAGCAGUGGGUUAAUGAGAAUGAUGUACCUGGUCUUGUUGAUAAGUAUUCUGCUCAAUUGUAUGAGACUGUAUGGGAACAUCUUGAUAAUCUGGGAGCGCAGUAUAAUUUGACGGAAUUUGUUAAUGGGUUGCGACAUUUUAUGAUUUCCCAGCCGGGAAAUCUAUCUGUAGAUAUUUCAACAUCACUUGCAGGCUCUUCGCCGCACCCGUACACUGUGCAGUUCCAAACGUUGAGCGUUCAUACUAAGAAUCGUGAGUGGGGGGCAAUUUAUUCGGAUGUGGUUUCCAUCUUUCAGGAAUUGAUGGCCACCAGAGUGGAUUUGAUUGAGAAGGCUAAGGGGUUUGCUUUCCAGGGCAUGGAAGUGGCAAAACAAGUGUUGGCUAGUGGCACUUCGGUUCUUGGUGGGAGCGCAAACUUGAUGUUUUCUGUUGUUCUGGCAAUUGUUUCUGGUGCAGCAGAAGUAUUGAAUUUUGUCUCCCAGUUGAUGGUCUUUCUCUGGGUUUUGUACUAUCUCAUCACCUCGGAGUCCGGCGGGGCGACAGAACAAGUCAUGGGCAUGCUUCCUAUCACAAAAACAGCAAGAGAUAGAUGUGUUGAGGUGAUCAACCAUGCAAUUAGUAGUGUUCUAUUGGUCACUGUUAAAAUUGCCAUCUUUCAAGGUUGCCUAACUUGGCUUCUGUUCCGCUUCUGCUCCAUACAUUUUGUGUACAUGUCGACUUUGUUAGCCUUCAUUAGUGCAUUGCUUCCUUUAUUACCACCUUGGAUAUCAUCAAUCCCUGCUGCUGUCGAGCUCUUAAUGGAAGGGAGGUAUAUCUGGGCAAUUGGAUUGACUGUGGUGCACCUUAUGCUGUUGGAUUAUGGAACUUCAGUCAUUCAAGAGGAUAUCCCGGGAUAUAAUGCUUAUCUUACUGGUCUGAGCAUCCUUGGCGGCAUGACAUUGUUCCCCAAUGCUUUAGAGGGAGCAAUAAUGGGCCCUUUGAUAAUGACUAUUGUCAUUGCUAUGAAGAACCUGUAUGCUGAGUUUGUGCUGGAUGAUUCAGAACAAAGCAAAGCAAAGUAGACGCUCAUUUGUAAUUUUUGCAGAUGAUGUUCGCCCC